AAUAACAAAGUGACAUUUAGUGCUCGAUAAAUAGUAACUCUAAAGCAGUUAAAGUGGAGUGGAGUCGAUGCUUCAGCCACUUCAGCUUUUUGAUUUUUAUUUUAGCUCUGUGUUCGUGUCAUAAAUGCACUGGGUGAGUCAGGUACACACCUCUGAACACUGGGUGUGUUCUUUUAUUUUCAUGACUGAUAACAUACAGUAUAUUAUAUAUAUGUGUGUAUGUGUAUGUAUGUAUAUAUAGGUAGAGAGAGGAAUGGACAGAGAACAAAGACAGAAAGAGAAUGUAAAAAGAGACAGACAUAAAGUGGUGAUGUGAGAAUGAGAGAGGGGGGAAAGAGAGAGAAAGACCAUAAGAGGGAGCAAAGAAGAAAGACUGAGACAAAGGUAGAGGAACAGAAAUUGACAGAGAGGUAAGGAGAGAAAAACCGCUAGAGGGAGAGAAAGGGGAGGAAUAAGGAGGUCAGGAAAGGGAGAAAGAAUGCAAGUGGGUGGAACAUAGCAGAAAAACAGGAACCAGGCAAUAACAUAAGCCAAAGUACACCUGUACUGUGUACCUGUACACCUGUGUAACUGUAUGAAUACACUCCUUUUAUCGGACGCACCAGAGACUGUGUAGAAGAAGAUGAGGGAUCUGAUGGAAGGAUCCUUGAACUUCCCCAACAUUCAACACUUGUUCUUUUUAAAUGUCAACUCUGACUUUGCUUGACAAGGAUUAUAUAGAGCUUAAAAUUUCAGAACUGUGCUGUACUCGGUUUAUUUGAAUUUUGAUUUCCAAUCCAAUCGCCUCCGCGGUCGGCCCAGAAGAAGUCGUAUGUGAUGAAUGUGUGGUCUCUGGACAUCAUCGUCCUCCUGUUGUUCUGCUACGCUCGUCUGUCAACUGCCACUGCAAAUGGAACCGUGACUUUUUUUUCUAAAAACUUUACCAACGUGCUGCACUGGGAUGCUGCAGAGCCCAAGUACCCGGAGGAAAAACUGCUCUAUAGUGUGCAGUACUACAGUCAUGGCAGAGAUACCGACGGACACUUACAAAUAAAGAAGGAAUGUCAGAACAUCACGGCGCUGUCAUGUGACCUGACUGCAGAAACGCCGUCGCUUCCGCACGUUACCUAUCACGCCGUGGUAUCCGUUAAUGGUCGUGAGCUUGGACGGACCAGGACCAGGUUCAACCCUAUGGCACACACCAUUCUUGGCCCCCCCACUUUGUCAAAACGCACAACGGGGUCAACUCUGAUUGUUAACGUCACCCUCCCAUUGGGGCCGAAUGGAGUCUCUGUGGCAGAUAUCAUCAAAGAGAGUAAAGACGGGCCCUUAAAGACUAUUAUUGUUUACACCCUGAAGAUCACUGAACCAAAGUGGGCAACACUGGUACAUGAAACUCACACUGCGCAUUUUGUCAUCAACUUGAAAAAACAAACUAAGUACUGCGGUCAUGUGAUAUACGCACCGUCCUCUGAAUGGGGUCGCCCAGAGAGCGAGAGUGCCCCCUUCUGUGUCAUUUUACCAGAUCAUCCUCUGGGGAUGUUACCGUGGCUCUCUUCAGUUGUUGCUUUUCUCGUGAUUUCAAUCACAGUAACUGUUGCGUUGACGUGCAAUUAUGUGAAAGGCGUGAAGAAAGUCCGCCUGCCAGAUUCAAUCGCGAGGAUUUUUAAAGACCCUGGUCCAGUGCUGCAGGCAGACAGCAGUAUCAUCAUUUCCAAGGUAAUGGUCAGCCUUCCAAAUGACCAAACACCUUAUGCUGCUAUCCAGUUCAAGCCAAAAGAGCCUGCGGUUAAAUCCGGGGAUUAUUCACCCCAGGACAUACCUUGGCAAGGCAGCAGGGAGUCCUUUGGAACCAAUCUUUUCCAUCCAACUCUAAACGGCCUAGAUGUGAGCGGCCAGUCCUCUGACACGUACGGUGCAGUGGCGGCUCAGAUGCCGGCUGAAGAAGCUGAAGACAGAGAAACCUGUACCGUGUCUCUGGUGACAGGACGAGACUCAAGGGGUGAAAAUGGAAACAGUCCACAGUCGAUGUCACCCAGGGACGCCCCGACACCUCACCUGGAUGAGUCUGACGGCAACCCAGCCGCACCCCUGCUGCUGAGUACAGUGCGUGAUGACAACGGACAGCUGGUGCUGCCUUCACUGGCGUCUCUGCUCCAGUGUAGCACAGGUGACGCACUUUCACCCCUACUGUCGGACAUAGACGGCAAAAAGCCGGGACCGUCUUUGUCCACAGUGCAGAGUUUUGACCACUCCGAGUGGUCAGACUCUGGGUGUGAUGACAGCAGUGUAACCACACCCACCCUGGAAUUCUGCAAUACACAUUAUGCCGCAGCUCAACCGACCGUAUCGCACUAUUCUCCUCAGCAAAGUCUGAACACAGAGUCUAACACGGGUUACAAGCAGAACUGGAUGCCAGAAAUCCUUCAUGGAGGUGGAGAUGAUCACAGUUUUGAAAACUCUAAAAUAAACAACCAUUGGACCUGGACUGAACCUGGGAAGCAGGACCAUGAGGAGAACACGGACAGAGGAGAAACGCAGUCAACACAAAUUCCUCUGGAAAAUUGGAUGGUCCAAAUUCAUGACUCGUGAGUUCUGCACCACACGUCUAUGGUGAUAAAGAGACUUCGUGUGUGGUUUCUGAUGAAGAGAUAGGCAGAACCUGUUUUCUAUUUGUCUAAGAAUCAUUGUCUUAUGACGUGUUUGAAAUGCAGUACUGUGUAAAAGUCAUGGGUCCUUGUACACAGUAUAGUCCUCACUACCUGCAGCCGUCUUUCAUUGUGUAUAUAAUGAACAUUUUACAUGUGAUUAAUCACAGUGUAGCUGUGGAUUAAUUACGAUUGAUCAUGAUUAAUUGUGAUCGUAAUGACUCGGCUGCUAUAAUGUGCAUCAUUCUGCUCACAGGUUAAAAUUCUCCAAAACAAUUUUAAUCUGAUUUGUCUUCACAAAUUAUUUAAUGUUAUUUAUUUUUAAAAUCAGCAAAUGUAAAGAACCAGAAGUUCAUUAGAUAGAAAAAUAAAACGCUUCAAGACCUUUAGUAUUUAGACCCUAGUCCAUAGUUCUUAGACCGUAGUCCUGCUGUACAGGGGAAUUCAGGUCACAGACAGAUAUAUGACCUGAAGGACUUCCUGGUUCUUUACCUUUUGGUUUCAACUGCUGGAAAAAGAAUGUACACACUUGCCCAAGACUUUUGCACAGUAUUGAAUGUAAUGAAUGAGUGUAUAAAUAAAAUAUAUUUUUAUAAAGUAUGAAACAGAAUUAAUUUGAUCACUAUUGACAUUUAAGGUGUUGCUGCCAAAUAUCUGUCGAACCAGUGUUUCUUAAACAUUUUAUACUGUGUUCCACCUCCACAAAAGUAUGACUAACACACACACACACACACCUAUGAAGUAUAUGAAAAACAUAAUUUAUUGCUGAUUACGUCGUCAGCCUAUUUAUUAGCCAAAGCUACAUUGUUCCAUGAAGCACUUCACCUGGUACUUGUACUCGAUGGAAUCACCAUAACAACACAUUCCUACAAUCGAAGAAAAACUGUAAAAGAAAAAGAAAAGCUUCCUCUUGGCCUCAGGCACCAUCAGUGGUACGUGCACCCUAGUUUGGGAACCACUGUAUGAGAUAACAGGUUAAAAAAAUUGAACUGGUGGGUCAAAAAAAAACAAAUAAACACACAACUGUCUCAACUAGUCAAAUAAAACAAGCGUGUUUACCAUCGCUAUGACAACCUUUGUGACAUUUGCAAAUAGGACAAAAGAGACGAGCACACACCUUUGACACACAGGUCCAGUGUGGUCAGAACAACGGUGGCCACUGAGGAGAGUUCUGAACAUGUAGUGGCUACAGACGUUUGAAACGUUUGACGUCAGAUCUGAGUGAAGUAACGUAACGGACGGUUGUACCUUUGUGUAUGUUGUACUGAAUGUUCUGAAUGCACUUUGAACUCAUUUUUUUUCCCUCUGACAGCUUUCUGUUUGUUUUUCAUGUUAAGCAAACCAAACUGCAAAGAAAUAUACACACUACCACAAAGGCUGUUCUUGUUCUGUUUCCUUUUCAUGGAACCUCAACAAACACAGGGAUCCUCCCAUUCCACCGUUCACACCACGGGGGGAGAAAACGUUUUACUAUUUGCAUAUAAGCCGUGGGUGGAUCUCCGAGUUAUUGUGUGUUACCCUCGAUUAGUCAGGUGUCACCUGACGCCUUUCACGCUGAACCAAAUCUGAUCUGAUAACAGGCAGACGAUUUAAAAAAAACAACUUUGUAGCGAUUGUCAUAAGGAAUUCUGUUAAAACAUAAUCUACACAGUACUGUUGGUUUAAAGACAAAAAAAAAAAAAUUCCCGUGAGUAACUGAUGUUUGGUGUUCACAUCUUCUCUGAGUGUGUGUGAGUUCAGUGGGAGGAUGAGGAAUUAAUGUUUAACACCAUAAGUUGCUCACUGAAAUGUUUUCAAAUGAAAAUUAUUUUCAAGGACGCUACCGACUCGGAAUUUGCGUGUGACCUCGCAGCAGCUCCUCAGCUCCUCACUUUCUGUUUGGUUUUAUCAGUAUUUUUUGGCGUCUUUUU